AUGGCUGAAGCAAAUAUAAUAGUUCUUAAGAGUGCUAAAGAUCAUAAUUUAGAAGAAAAGCAAAGAAUUAUCGACAGAGCUCCUUUUAAAGACUUGAAGAUCAAUGAUGCACAAAUCUUAGAUACUGUAAAGGGUAGAGAAAUAUGUGAACAUUGUUAUAGAUCAAGAAAAUUUUUUUGUUAUACAUGUUUUACUCCUGUAAUCGAUCAAAAGUAUUUUCCUCGUUUGAAGCUACCUGUAAAAAUAGAUAUUAUUAAACAUCCUAGAGAAAUAGAAGGGAAAAGUACUGCAGUUCAUGCCGCUGUCUUAGCUCCGGAAGAUGUAAAGAUAUAUAUUUAUCCUGAUUUUCCUGAAAUAUUAGAAAAUGAAGAGACUGUUCUAAUUUUUCCUAGCAAAGCUGCUGUAACUAUCGAUAAUUUAUUUAUUAAAGAAAUCCAACAAGAUGGCAAAACUUUUUUAAAAAGAAUCAGGAACGAAUAUCCAAUAAAAAGGGCAAUAUUUAUCGAUAGUACAUGGCAUCAAACAAAGUCAAUAUAUAAAGAUCAAAGAUUAAGAGAUUUAAGAUGUAUCGUUCUAAAAUCAAGAAUAUCACAAUUCUGGCGACAUCAAAAGAAAAGUCCAAGAUGGUAUUUAGCAACGAUAGAAGCAAUUCAUCAAUUUUUAAUAGAAUUGCAUACAUGUGCCUUUGAUAUAGUAGAGUGUGCAUAUAAAGAAGAGGAUAAAGAUAAAGAAGAUAGUUUAAAUUUUGAAAAACUAAAUUACAAUGCAUCAAAUUCUAAUCAAAAGUAUGAUGGCAGAUAUGACAAUCUUUUAUACUUUUUUAAAUAUAUGUAUGAAAAAAUUCAUACUAUAUAUGAUCAUGACAAAUUAUGGGCAUAUAAGAGACCUCUAAUAUAAAAAAACAUAUAUAUUUAUGUAUAAUAAAUUAUUCUUCUAUAACAAUCUGAAUAUUUAUGAUUCUUUACUUUCGAAAAUAAAUUGAAAAUUUUAAUUAAUUGUUCGAUGUUGCGACGUAAUUUGCUAAGAUAUCAGCAGAUAUCUUUAAAUGCAUUUCAAGGAGAAUGACUCAUGUUUACGGAUGGUGUUAAUUGCCGAUGUUGUUAUUUACAUUUGCGGUUAUUCAUGACGAUGAUAACCUAAUUAAGAUUUUAUCAUUUUAAAUAAUUAAGAUUAAAAAUAUCGAAAGAUUUAUUAUUUUUCUCU